AUGGAAGCGAGAAAACGGUCGUUGCAGCAACUUAUCGACCUGACAAUCCCCAAGGACGGAAUCAAAGCGCUGCCCCUGUUUCAGAUCGCCGACGCCGCUAUGAUCGAGGCCGUUGCCUCCGAAGACCAGGCCAAAAAAUUCGAAGCCACCGUGGACAGAAAGAAGCAGGCGAUCCAACAGAAACUAG